GAACAAAGUUUAUAUUAAAAGUUCAGGAUAUCGUCUGUCAGUUCCCAAGUGAGGUUUUUUGAAACUAGCUGAAUUAUUAGUUUCAAAUAGUAACAUGUGGUGGAGAAGACUAAUGGUUUCCCUGCUGCUUGCGCCUUGGUCGAUUCAAGCUUCGUUUUCAGUUUUACAGAUUAUUCGGGAAAUGCUACUUCUCGCUGCCCGAGAUAUGUGAGGGAAGGAAAGUCAUUGAAGUGUGACUGUUUGGUAAGUAUCCCCGAGGUCUCAGUGCUGUGGCCAGGACACUCCAACAACAGCAUGCUGACAGUGCCGAAAGUCACCCGUGCUGAUAACGGUACAGUCUUCACCUGUCUUAUGACUUGGGAUGAACUCAAAACAACAGCAAACUACACACUUCAAGUGUCCUAUGGUCCAGACGAUCAUCACACACGGAUACAUGGCCCUGAUGUGUUGGUUACUGACGGAACGAAAUACUUUAAUUUCACCUGCCAGGCAACCGAUGUCUAUCCUCUCCCCAUAUAUACCUGGGACGGUGUCACGUGUCACAAUAGCGACACUGACACAGGACUUUGUGUACUGAAACCUCAGCCACCAUGGGAUGAUGGACUAAAGAUGCAGUGUACAGCAACAAGCAACACGACUUCACCCUCAGUUGGAAAGACGACACUCCGGCUGAAUCUAACAUAUCCACCCCCGAAACCUCCCAAAAUAGUUGGGUACAAAGCUGGACAAGUUCUCAAAAAUGGAGACAACCUUCACUGCCUUGUAUCCGGAGGAAAGCCGCUGGUGAAAGAAGUGAAUUUCUCGUGUUCCUCUGAUCCGCCUCAUGAAGAUCAACAGGACACGACCAAAGGUUCGUUGGUGGAAAGUUCUCUGACCAUCGGCGCUGUUGACUCAUCCAAUUACAGCAUGCAGUGUGUUUGUGGAGCCACCUGGGAAGCGGAUGAAGAUCUCUACUCACAAACUUCAAGUAUUACUGUCUUCGUACACAACAACGAUGAAGGGAUAUUUUUUGGAGAUGUAAAACUUGGAGUAACUGUCGGUCUUCCGGCUAUUAUCAUUAUCAUCGUAUUCAUCGCGGUUGCAGUUCAUGUGAAAACGAGGAAAACGCAAACAGGUCUGGCCAAAAAGAUCCCUGAAUCCUGCCAUCAGGGUAACGGCAAUGGGCAAACUCAUCAAACAUCGUCUCCAGAUUAUGAAGAAGUUGAUGAACUGGCAAUCCAGGAAUGUAGCAUUGGCACUAUCGUCGAGCAUAGUUCACACGUGCUCAGUGUUUCAAAAAGUAAAGCAUUUUCAUGUGAAAAUAUUGCAUGUAAAAUAUCAAAAUCCCAAAAGAUUUUUCAUUCCUGUUCUACGGGUUUGGACUCUGAAAAAAGAAUGGAAGUGUUCCUUACACCGGGGCUAGGAAUCAGUCCAGGGAAGACAACUCAGCUGUUGGCAGACUCCAAUGACGGUCAGUACACAGAAAUCGACAUACACAUCGAAGGAGAAUCGACGAUGGGAAAUCAUCUAAAUAACUUCACAACAGACACAGUUCCGACAAACACCUGUUCAUCCUCAAGAACACCUGCUCGGGACACACAUGAGAGGUUUGAUAAACUUGUCCUCAAUCCAGUCUCCAUCAGCUUUUCAUCACUCAAUAAACCUGACUCCUGCAAAGAUGAAGGGAAAUUAUACGACACCCUCCGAUGGGGUUCAUACAACACCCUCAAUCGUCACUAAAAUAACAGGAUCCAAAUUCAAACGGACAUAUUUAUCGUCGUUCCACAAGUAACAAUGCAGUCGAUGUUUUAGUCUUGUCUAAAACUCGUCCCAGUAAACAGACCAGGUUCAUUAUCCACAGAGGGAAAAAAAGGUGCGAAAGGUGUGACAGAGGUGCAAAGGAUCUUAUACAUUUGGAAAAAAUCCUUUUAUUGUUUUAAUAAAGUUGAUUUCUCAAAUCAAAAA